GAGGAAAUAUUCUUGAUCUGUAAAAACGACUCAACAGGUCGGGGGAAACUUAUCGCGUUCGAAGGGAAUAUUUUCAUUCAAUAACAUCAAACAGAACUAGUAAUAAGGUAUGUAACAAAAUUGAUCUUCCUUUCUCAAAACACGUCGUAUACGGAUUGUUUUACUACUUUUUUAAAGCUAAUUUUCGCAAGGUAUUUUAUUAUCACGGCUCGUUGAACCAUCAAUUGGGUCAUGUCAUACUUACAAAUACAGAUAUAACUUAUUCCUUAUAAUACUUCCCUAAAUCCAACUAUAUUUGAAUUCUUACUACCCACAUCCGUAAAUAACGUUGGGAUUUGUAAAUAUAUUACAAAUAUACAUCAAUUUCGCUUUUCUGUCAGUUUUUAUUAAAGCAAAAUUGUCGCCGAAUUGUCACGUGAUUGUUCGAGCCGAUGACUUUAUUAUUCUAACAGUUGAGUCAUUCUCGCAGGAGACGAUGGAUUGCCAAGCCAUGUUUCGUAAAUUUUCUUAAAUAAAACUUAAUUUUACCAAAAUAUUCUUUUUAAAAGCUUGGUGGAUAGAAUUUGGUAGGUUGUUGUCAAUUUGUGCGAGUUAUGAUAUGUAGGAAUGAUGUCGUGUAAGAGCUUGGGACCAGGACAUGAUUCUGAUUUUUGUCGAGAUUGUUUUAUUUAAAUGAUUAAAAAUCGAUACAAGAAUAUGAAUAACGCUAAUUAACAUAUGCUGGCCAUGAUAUUCUUCAAGAACUUGUUUGUACAUAAAAUUAUUGUUAUUUAUUAAUACUAACGUAUCGCUAAAUAACGUGGUUAAAUUAUAGCAAAGCACGGAAACAAAAUGGCUGACCAUAUAUAUGUAACUACUUUGGACGUUUUAAGAGCCAUAAUUGCUGUGUAUAUUUUGUAACCCAGUAUAUUAUAUACCGUAUACACUUUGCAGUUUAUAGCAAGAUAACUACUUGCUAUUAUUUAGAUCAUAUAUAAACAUUGUAACUAAUUCUUUGCAAACGUAUUAGAUAUUAUAACAUCGAUUUCGAACUUAUAUUUUUCAUUUUAUCUUUUUCCCAGGAAAUGAGGCACUGGCUAGGCACAGGCUUCCCAAGCCUAGUAGUUGGCCUUUUAACGAUAUACGUAGGAUGUACGGUAAGUGGACUUGACUACACUCAUCUGGGCAACCGAAUAUUACCAUAAAAGGUCAAGAAACCAACAAUUUAAUACCAUGCUCUCUUUCAUAUUUCCUUUUUCCUACGUCAACAUGUUGCAAAAUAUAAUUGAGCGAAUAAACCAUCCAAUAUAGGGGAAGUUAAGUACAUGAGUACAUUUAACUUCAGGGAUCUAAUCAAAAUAUACAGCCAAAUAAAUUUAAAACGCUAUAAUCCUCUACAAAUCCAAACAACACAUAGUACUGGAAAAAAUAGUUAACUCCCCAGAGCUACGUUAAAUUCUUCAGUGCAGAUUAGCAUUAUAAAAUAAUAUUCAAUCGUGUAAAAUUUCGAAACCAUAUUUGUCUGGCAAGGUAUAUGCAUGUAUAGUACAUUAAGUUAGUACAUUAGUUAUUUUUCACACUUCUAAAUUCUUAUGAUUCAAAGAAUGCAAUAAUUCUGUUUGUAGUGCGUUCAAACAGAGCUGUAAAUCGUUUUUUAUGUUUGGUGAACAGGAUUUUACCAAGUUAUUUGGAGUUUUGAUAUAAAAAUGUUCAACAACAGGUAGUACCUGCAGGCAACAUCUAGCCAAGCACUUGAGAAGUAUAGACUGCUAUAUACUUCAUUUCCUUCUGGUCUCUAAACUAUAAAUGUAUUUUUCAGAUAUUUCAAAACGAGGAAAGACUUUUUCACUACUCAAUUUUACUCUAGCCACGCGUGAAUUGCGAUAAUACUAAAAUGUGAAAGCGUACCCAACUCUAUUAAAUCACAACUCAUAUAUAAUAUAUAUUCCCAGUGUUGUCGCGGCUCGUAUCGAACUUCCUGAAAAGAUUGAGAAUACUGAAUACCUUCAGACGAAAGGAAUUUGCUUGAAACGUCGAAACGGAUUUUUCACGUUGUUCAGAUACAAACUGCGGAAGCAUUUUCAUAAUAGCAUAUAUUUCGGAAUAGCAUAUAGCAUAUAUUUCGGAAUAGCAUACCCACAUUGAACCAUGUAUAUGCAGAUAUCACACAAAAUAAUGCUCACUGAUGGAUUUAUUUCGAGAAGACUAACAUUGAAUGUCAAACAAGAAUGUGUAUUCACGACUGUAAAAAAAUUGUUGUUGACAAACCCAACUUAAGAAGUUUACGGUUGCAUUUUCAGGUUUUUAAAAGUGAAUUGAAAAAUUAAAUAUUUUGUUUCUAUUUCCUCCUAGCUUUCACAACGAAUAUUACCAGACUGGCCAAAGAUCGGUGACCGGAUCACCCAACCAUUCCUGGAUCAACUCAUGGUAUCACAACUUUUAGAACAGAACCUGACGUUAGGAUUCUUCUUGAAAGGUCUUAACGGUCCUCCUGGUCCACCGGGCCCUGCUGGAAAUGCUGGCGAGCCUGGUCCAGCUGGAAUCGCAGGUCCACCGGGACCACCUGGUCACGUGGGUGAAGACGGUGCGCCAGGUGCGACGGGCACGCCUGGACCACCAGGUCCACCCGGACCUCCAGGUUUGCCGGGUGAGAAAGGUGAUCCUGGCGAGCAAGGUGCGCCUGGUGCCGCAGGUUUACCUGGUGCUCCUGGUUUACCUGGAUCCCCUGGUGCUGUUGGUCCACCUGGUCCAGAACCUAUCAUGCCGGUAAGUUCAAAAAGUUCAGAAAAUACUAUCGAUGUUCCCAAACGCUAUCCAAACUUAUGGCAGACUACUUCGUUAGUAAGAGUCAAGUCAAGCUGGGAACAUUGUGAGGGGAAUAGUUUCUUAACCAUUUCCUAGCAAUGUCUCUCAAAGUUUGGAAACCAGGAAAAUCUAUCAGAAGAGUUUGCGUAUGGAAUAAAUAACUUCGGACUAGCUUCGGAGUAAAUUGGUUAAUUACAACAAAUACUGACUCUGCCAUUUCAUAUGUGCAAGGUUUUUCUGCGUAAAAUUUAAGUAAUAUAUCAGCAUAAAAAUAAGGCUGGUGCUUAAAUGAACUCUUUUAUGAACUGUUUUUUAAGAAUUAUUUUUCCUCACUAGAACUUCACCGUGAUUUGCGAAGGUGAGAAGGGUUGGGUACAAUGUAAACAAUACGAGCUCAUCAAGAUUACCAAAUCAUUCUGGGGACGUGAUGAUCACGUGACGUGUCCCAAGGUUCCCACCGGGCUUACAAUCGACAACCUCUGCGAGACGAACGAAGAGAAUACAAAAGAAAAGGUCGAUGGGCAAUGUAAGGAUCAACAGGCUUGCGAGGUGGUCGCCUCCAACAUCUUCUUCGACGAUAAGAGUUGCGGGAAUACGUAUAAAUAUCUGAAGAUUUGGUACGAAUGCGUUCCGGACGAGGCGAACGUCGUUGACGCUUUACGAGACGGCGGCAAGAGACGUAAACGAAAACGAGCGGCCAAGGAAAAGAGACACGCUGAAAUGCUGAGACACCAAGAGAAACAAAAACGUCACGUCUAAACCAACGGACCAACCAUUUUUCACGAUCACUGAUGGACGUUGAUAUAAAUAAACUCGUUUUUGUUGAAACGGAAGAAUUGUAAAUUUGCUGUUUAUCAGUGAACGUACCAAGGACUAUAUUUAGCUUAUUGCUUAAAACAUUGAGCAGAACUCAAACCCAUGGACCAUUUAAUAUAAACUUUUACAACCGAUACUGCGUGUAUGACAAUGUAAAUUGAGUUUCGUAUAAAUUUUCUCUCAUAUCAAAUAGCCAAAGGACAAAUACUAAUUCGUACGCAGGUUCCCGUAUAACACCACAAUGAAAUAUAAUGUGCAAAUUAAAAAUUCAUAUAUAUGUUUAUACAUAAUCUAGAUAUAAUAGAACUAUUAUGAACUUUUCAAUUCUUGACGUGUAAAUUUUCAGUUCAAAGACACUAUUUGAUGUGUUAGAAAGUCUGUUUAAAAUGUCGCUAGUUUUUAACGCAGUCAUUAAAGUACAGCUGGUAGACAUUCACGAGCAGUUAACUCAACCUGUCCAAAUACUUUUGUGAAUAGAAAAGUUUAUCUUUAUAUGGUAACAAUAAAACAAAAC